AUGGAAUCUGAUUCAUCAUCACAUCCUUUGGAAGCAAGCAAGGAUCUAAGGAAACAUACUCCUCCUGAUGCAGAAGAUACUCUUUCGAAUAAACGAGUAAAAUUUCAUACUGCCUGUGAUUCUUGUUAUGUGAAAAAGAUAAAAUGUUCUAAAGAUCAACCCUGUAACAAUUGUUUGGAUCUGAACAUUGAAUGUCAGUACUAUAAUAGGAAACCAAAAUCGAGGUCAAAUGCAACAUCUGAGCAACUUGGAAGGAGUAUUGAUAUAACUUAUGCAACUACUGCGGCAAUUUUAAGACGACACUUAUCCUUGAUUAAACAACCAAUUAUUAGGGAGUUAGUCCAACCACUAAUCAUUGAAUCUAUAUGUAAACAAGUUGAUCAAGAAGAGAAAUCAUGUUUAGACUUAUUAAGUGAUAUGUUAUUAGAUGAAUCCAAUUUUUCGUCUGAAUUGACAAUGGAUCUACAAUCAGUACUUACUCAACAUAAUAAAGACCCAUUAUACCUAUCUCAAAUGCUUAUCAUUCUUACCCUUAAUUUACUUGUUACAUCCAAUCUCAUGAAAUUAAAGGCACUUGAUUUUGAUCCAAAUGAAGCUAAUGUUGAAAUAGGGUACACUAAAGAUGAUUUAAGCAAACAAAAUUUUACAGAUUUCAAUGAAUUAUGUCUCGAAGGAUGCCGUAAUAUAUUUCAAUACAUUGGGUUAUUCGGAAGUGAUCAAAUUGAAUCUCAUGACGACUAUCGUGAAAAGUUUUCCAAUACGAUUUAUAAUUUAUCAUUAGCUUGUUUUCAUCUUUGUAAUUAUUAUCAUAGUUUGAAUUUAACAAAUAGUAUAGAAGUGCCAACUACAUAUUCAGAUGACAGGUUAACAGGAACGUAUUUUGGCAAUGAAACCCAAAGAAGUGAGACAGUACUGAAACUAAAUCGAAGUAUCGACUAUUUUCAAAUUUUAGAUUUUGACAGAACAAAUCAUUAUUAUACAGAAUUAUUGGAAAGGAUAUUUACAAUGGAAAGAUAUUUGCUAGUAUUUUCUUCAUUCAACUAUGAUUUGAAUAGAUUCAACGAUAAUUGUAUUACCCGAAAAUUAGAAUACAGAGGAGUUCCUUUUAUUCAUGAAUACAUUGAAUGCGAUGAAAGAAAUUCUAAGGUAUUAUUCCAUUUAUUUUGUACAUUGGAUGAAUUUGGAAAAAUUGAAAUAGAUAGCCACAAACCAUAUGACAAAUUAUUCAUUAACAUUUGCAAUGAAACUAGUUUUGUUAAAAGUAUACAAUAUGCGGAAGAAGAUUAUAUAUCAUAUGAUAGCGUUAUUCUUAAAUUAGAAGAUUGCGAGGUAGUUUACAAAGAACCUGAACCUGAACUAUUUGAAAUCAUUCGAAGCAUUUUAUAUGUCAAGUUGCUCUUGUUAUUUCCAAUGACUCUUGUAACCGUGAGACGAGAGUUAACAUAUCAAUUAAACCUCUUGAAUGGUAAUUUGAAGCGAUUUGAAACGUAUACUUCGAAGGUGAUGCUCUCAAACUUUCAGGUAUUGCCAAAUUUAGUACAUAUAUUAAAGAUGGCGUUACAAGUUAACAGAUUGGAUAAAAGCAAUGACCUAGGAAAAGAGAUUGAAAGUUUUAAUAUAGCUCUCAAGGGACAUUUUGCAUUAUGUACUAAUAUCAAUGAAUUAUACUACACUGAUGACUUACUCAAAGCUAGGUAUGAACAGAUCAUCAACUGUGAAACAGUCAUUAAUAAUACUGAUAAUGACCCUUUGUUAAAGGUAGUUCCACUAACAAACACUGAUGAGAUUUUUGCAGCUGAUCAAGAGUAUUACAGUGACCGAUUAGCUUCACGUUCAUCUAGAAUUUCGAGAUCUAUCUUUGCUCGCUUACAACUAGUAAAAUUAAGACCUACUCCUGCUACUUUGAGAGAGAAUCUUGAAAAGCUUUUGAAACUGGAGAGCUUAAUGGAAUUAGUUCAACCUUUCACAACCACGUCACUUAUUUCUGAAUUGCAAUCAUUAAUGUAUAAACUAGAGGUAGGACCCGACAACCAACCUAUAGAUUCUGAAGAAGACAUUGAACAAAUUAUCCGGAAGUACGCUCUUAAUACUGGUUAUAUGUACGAAUUAUUAAUUGUUAUAAGUCUUAGUUUGAUAAUUUCGCAAAACUUAAUGAAAUUAGAUCGUCUCAAUAAUCAUAAAAGUCUUGCAGGCGAUCCAGAAGUGAAGUACGACAAAUACAAUGACUUCAACCAUAUAUGUAUUUAUGCUGUUUUUGAGAUUUUGUCGAAUGCUUCCAGUAAGUUACAUUAUUUAAUGUACAAUAAAUUUCAUAAUGAACAUGAGGAUGAAGAAGAAGAAGAAGAAGAGAAUGACGAUUAUAAUUAUUACAAUUUAGCAAUGAGUUAUUUACAUUUAUGCAGCUAUUACUAUAUAAGGAACUCAGCUACUGCAAAUGAAUAUGGAACUACUUAUAUUAAUAUACAAAAGUCCAAAUUACAUUUGCGUGACAGUUUAUCAAACCUUAGGGAAAUCAGUGGUGCUUAUGCUGCCUCAAACUCGAAGGUAUCGGAAUUGUUUGAUAAGUUGUUUAUGUUGGAAAGAUUCUUCCUAUUGUUCCCCUCAGACAAACUUAAUUUUUGUGACUACCGAGAGGGCAAUGUUCCAAUUAUUAACAAGGCAUCUGAUAUGGUGCCAAGUAUAGAUUAUAGGAAUACCGUGAUUGAUGUUAACUCAAAGAAAAUAUUUGAAUUGUUCGUUAGAGUCGAGAAGGUUGGUAAAAGCAUCGGGGAUGGAGUUUGGAAAAAUAAGGGUAGCUUAAUGAGACUUACUGAAUUCAUUAACUUUGACACAGACUUCGAUUAUGAUGACGAAGUUAUUCAUUAUUAUAAGUUCUAUACUGAAAUAAGCAAGAUUCCGCAAGAUGACGACCAUUCGAAAUUUCAAUUAUUUGAGAUUAUAAGACAUUUGUUGCUAUUUAGGAUAUUAUUAGCUUUUCCUAGAAAUCCCAAAUAUUUCAUCACAGAGUUGAUCAAAUUAAUCAUCAAAUUGAAUUAUUAUUUAACCAAUUCUUCUAUAGACUAUGCAGAGGUAUCAAUAUCAAAUUUUCUGUUAUAUUCACAUUUAAGGAAUUUAUUGAACGUUGCAUCACAGUUUGAAAACGAUAUUUCACUUCCUGAAUUUCAAGAUGAUUUUAUAGCUUUUAAGGGUAACGUGGACGCCCUUUUAAGUAAUUACUAA